AUGCGGGUCGUUUACGACACCGACUCCCCCAUUUGCCCUAUUGGUGCCCCUUCACGCGACAACACUCGCCACAGAAACUUGAAGCGAUCACGCCCGGCAGCUCCUAAAGUUGCUGCUCCUCAGGUCUCAUCUCGACCAACCCGCCGCCAGGGCAUUGUCUUCAAUGUCCAAGACCUCCCACAAGAGAUCAAGGACCUUCAAGGCAAAGCCACCACCCGACCCGCUUGA